AUGUACUUGGUUCAAGCUCCGCUGUCGACAACUUCAACACCUCGCGAAGUUGUGGUCGAUCCUACUCCGGCCAUGGCUCCCGCUGCAGAGGGCAAUCUCAAGAUCUUGAACAUUUUGUAAGCUUUGUCCGUGUCAUUUUUCGAGCUUCAUUAGCUGAAUAUUGUGCUAACAGUCGAAGGGCUACUAAAUUUUGUUGUUUUAUUAAUUUCUGCUCAUUCUAAAGAUAUCGUUAUUUAUUUAACACAGAGAGACUAAUUCCGAGGUGAUGUGCUGUCGAUUCAACCCCGAAGGCAGUUUGCUUGCUGUUGGCUUGGCGAACGGCGUUACUAAGGUGCUGUAACACUCAAUCCUAUUUUUUCAUCGAUUGAUAAGUAUUUUUUAGUAUUUUCAUAACAAAUUCUAUCAAAUGUUUUACUCCCUUGAUUGUGAAUCUUCGUUAUAAAGCAGAUGUAUUUCACGACUCUGAUAUGCUAACUUUUGUGUCGCUCAAAUUUUAGCAACAUGCAACGCGAAAAAAUCCCAGCAUUUUAUGUGUUUUAUUCCAGAUUUAUGCUCCUGAUACUGGUCAUUGUGUCUACAGCCUUUCCGAUCAAGAUACACUUAACAGUCAUCUCCCAGUCACUUGUCUUCGCUGGAAGUCGAGAACAGAUACAGAUAGUUAUGGAAAUAUUUUGCUAGCAACCUGUGAGUUUUCAUUCUAACCAGGCCAUAGUAUGCUGCUCACUCUACAAGCGCGUAAAGUGUAGCGUGAGAAGUGCGAUUUUUUUUUUCAUGAAUCUACAUUGCAAGGAACAGUUUGUCAUUUAUGUUAAUCCUUAAAAUGAUCGUGCACUGUUUACAUUGACCAUUUCAAAACAAUAGUCGCAGUUUCGGACAUUUGUUUUGUUCGCUAAUGCAAGUAAAAAUUACCCAAUUUUCAUUCUCAUGCAAAUUAGAAUAUCAAUAAAUUAUACACAGCUGAACAAAAGCUAUACAUGUAUAAUUGUUUUCUUUUGAAAUCAAUCAUAGACCUCUCAGCUGUGCUGAGCCAGCUCCUAUCAAAAUUGCUCCUCCAUUAAAAAAAGAAACAAAAGUUUAAGCAGCCUUAAGGUGAUGUUACAUAGGACGAUUCACAACGAUUUUUAGCGCAACACAGCGUUGCAAUGUUGGAACAAUGUUGUAAGGAUUCGAAACAAUGUUGCAACAAUGUUGUAGUGCUGUGUUGGGCUAAAAAUCAUUCUGGCGAAUCGUCUUGUGUAACAUCACUUUUAGUUACUGUAACAAUACUUAAGGGUCAACUGUUUUUUUUUUAAUGAAACAAAACUGGUANGGAAAUAUUUUGCUAGCAACCUGUGAGUUUUCAUUCUAACCAGGCCAUAGUAUGCUGCUCACUCUACAAGCGCGUAAAGUGUAGCGUGAGAAGUGCGAUUUUUUUUUUCAUGAAUCUACAUUGCAAGGAACAGUUUGUCAUUUAUGUUAAUCCUUAAAAUGAUCGUGCACUGUUUACAUUGACCAUUUCAAAACAAUAGUCGCAGUUUCGGACAUUUGUUUUGUUCGCUAAUGCAAGUAAAAAUUACCCAAUUUUCAUUCUCAUGCAAAUUAGAAUAUCAAUAAAUUAUACACAGCUGAACAAAAGCUAUACAUGUAUAAUUGUUUUCUUUUGAAAUCAAUCAUAGACCUCUCAGCUGUGCUGAGCCAGCUCCUAUCAAAAUUGCUCCUCCAUUAAAAAAAGAAACAAAAGUUUAAGCAGCCUUAAGGUGAUGUUACAUAGGACGAUUCACAACGAUUUUUAGCGCAACACAGCGUUGCAAUGUUGGAACAAUGUUGUAAGGAUUCGAAACAAUGUUGCAACAAUGUUGUAGUGCUGUGUUGGGCUAAAAAUCAUUCUGGCGAAUCGUCUUGUGUAACAUCACUUUUAGUUACUGUAACAAUACUUAAGGGUCAACUGUUUUUUUUUUAAUGAAACAAAACUGGUACAUUGUGCUCCAACCCUUCCAGAGUGCACUAACAUGACUUUCUUUGCCUUUGCAGGACAGUCAGAAUUCUUAAUCUUUGCUCCUUAGAAUAGCUUACCGGGCACCCUGAAUUUCAUAUGUUUACUGCCUUUGGGCCCCCUACAGUUUUCCCUAGAGUCUGUAAUAAUGUACAUUUAUUUGUAUACCACGGGGUUGAGAGCUCUCAGGUAGUACCAUAGAGGUUUUAGCUUUAAGUUGGCAGGAUUUCAAAGGGGAACUGUGUGGGUUUAAUCCUCAUGUGGACCUUUAUGGAUUGUCCAACCACCAUCCCGACCUUGUCGGGAUUGCCCCAGUUUUUCUUGAAAAUCCCCCAGACUAAUAUGCAAGGAUACAGUAUUUGAAUAUAAAGUGAGCGUCUCAUCUUGUCAACUUCAUCAUCAUUCAAUCAGCGUCAUCAUUAUCAUCACCAACAUUAUCAUCGUCUUUUUCAUCAUCAUCAUCAUCAUCAUUGUUAACUGUAUCACUUACUGCGCUUUUCACAAACAUGCGAACUCUAAAGUUCAAAAGCCGCCUUCAGAAUUGCAUUUUUUGCUGCCGUCCAUUAUAAAAAUUACAAUCAGAAGCAAUGAAGCUUGAAACACAGAAACUCACAAAAUGGAUCGAAAUCCACCUAUCAGAAAUCACAAUCAUGACCUUUUGAACCGGUUAAAGUAAAGUUUUGUUUCCUAAGAGGUCUGUUAAGAUGAUUGACGGCAGUGAAAAAUGGAAUGGUCAGUUGGCUUUUGAACUUGGAAUUUGCAUGUUUGUGAAAAGCGCAGUAAAUAAAGUGAGGUCACAUAUUAUAUUUGGCAUAGCCCCUCAAUGGUUGUACAGUGUGGUAUGUUCAUCUAUGUUGUCUCUUUGCUAUCUGUAGAUGCUGAUGGUAAAAUCAAACUAUGGCAUAUAUCAACGAGUUCUUGUUUGAGAACAAUGACAGAACCUUCCAAGCAAAUCCUAGCCUGUGCGUUCAGUCCAUCUGGGGACAGAUUUGUUACUGCUGGAUCAGACACAAAGUUGAAUGUGUAUGAUGAAAAAACCAAUCAAAUUAUCCACACCCUUCAACCAAGGUACUGCAUCAGUGUUUCUUUAAAUAUUUCAAAAGGUUACCCUUUAAGCCAUAAAAGUGAUCAGCAUCAAAGUUCUCCCUAUGAUAUCAAUGCUCUAUAAAACAAAUAGGUGACAUGAAUUAGGAACAUGAUUGCACAAGAUGAAUGUUGUUGAUGCUUUUAACAACCUCUAACUGCCAAAAUAAAUGUAUAGAUACAACAAAUGAGAAUAUGAAUUUUGAAUAUAAAUUUAGCGUUUAAAGGUUAAUGAGCAAACUGUUUUGCUUUCUCAUUAUCUUUUUGCACAUUGAAUGUGUUCAUCAGCUGGUGGACAAACAUUUGAUUACUUAGGGUUUUAAAUAAGGUUUUAAGUAGGUGACAAAAGCUUUGGAGUAGGGGGAGAAGGAAAAAACUUGCUCCACAGGCACGUUUUGCGAGCACUGCCGGCCGGACCAUGGUCGGACCAGACAUUUUGACAAUGAAAUUGGCUUAUUUCAAGAGGUUUUGCUGAAAAACCAUCUCCUUUGAGCAUAAUAUUUAGGAUUUGACUGAUGUGGAUGGUUAGGUUUGAUUAAAAGUUAAAUUCUUAUUACGAUGGGAAUGGGCUGGCCGGUCAGUUCUGACAAAUGGAAAGCGCCCUUUGAGUGUGUUUUCAGCAUUCUGGAGCAAAAAUUAGAAUAUUUGAACAAAACACAGUUAUCAAUAAAAUUUUGCUUUUUGGGGAAUAAUUACCAAAGAAAAGUAGGUGGUGUGUUCAUGUGAAAUAGCCGGCAAAUUUCACCAGCCGCUGGCACUUAUUGAGAACCCUGAUUACUUACUGCAUACUACAAUAUUUAACAGCUCAUCACACCUAGUGAUGGAUGGUCACAUGAGCCGUGUAUUCAGUGUGCAGUUCACCCCAGGCCAGGAUCAUGAAUUCUUAUCAGGAGGCUGGGAUGAUACGGUUCAGGUUAGUAAUGCUUCCUUGAUGCCUGCUUUUAGUUACAGGGCUUGAAAAAAGUCCCAUCCGGUCGUUCAGGACGAGCAGAUUUUCUUCUGGGGCAACUAACUUUGGAAUUCAAGUUUUUUUUCGAGCUCUGAGGUAGUGCUCUGGAAAGCACAAAAUAUAAGAAACAAAUAUGAAUGUCCACAAAGGAGUUUAUAUAGCUGCUAUAUUUGUAUAUAGUUAUUGUCAUAGUCAAGCUGCUUGGCAAACAUUAGAAUAAUAUCAUUACCUUGGAAAACAUAAAACAAACCAGCCACUGGAGAGUAUCAUUCAGUGGAUAACUUCAUUUGAGUACAUGUACAUGUGGGUAGUCUCCAAGUGCAUAAUUGUUCUGCACAACCUCUUCUACUGUAGUAUCCUGUGGCGCAGUCUGAUGAUUACUUGGUACCUGAAACUUUAAAUAUAUGUCUUAGAAUUAUUGUCCUUCUUGAAUUGUAUGGUGAAUCAACCUUAAGAAAUGUCGCCUGUAUACAUUGAUUAAUAGUAUUUCAACUGGUUGGAAAAAAUAACCACGAGUUUAAAUAAUAAUAAAUUAUAAUGAUUGUGAUGAGGAUGUCAGAUAAUGAUAGUGAUAUUAUUAUAAUAUUGAGAAUUCAAACAACUUUUUCUUUUCCCCUUUUUUAAGCAUUUGAAAUAAAAGUCUUCCAUGUGCAUCAAAUAUUGCUAGUAAAUUUAGCUAAAAUUGAUAAGGUUGUUAAGAUUAAUCGUGGUGCUUUAAAUUCGUUUUACAGUUUUGGGACACAAGAGUUGAUACCAAGCACAGUGUGAGGUACUUACUAUAAGAUAUUAAAAAUAUAAUAUGCUAACUACUUGUGUUUUGAUGUUAUUUGUUUUGUUUGUUUUUGCCAUUGUUAGUCAUUCAACCUGUCUUGUGAAACCAACAUCAAUUUUCUCUGAACAAUUUCUAUUCAUGAUCAAGAGAAGUGGUUAUGAGAAUUAAACACAUUGCUAAUGAUGAGCUUGGGAGCAAUUAGUGCCUUAAAGGUUAGUCGGAGGCCAAAUGCAAUGAGCAGAGUGGAGGUAUCCAUGGCAACCCUGGAAGUAGGAGCCAUCCCUGAAGAGCGGCCACUUACCGGCACCAUCACACAGAAUGAAAUUCGGUGGAGAUACUUACCUGAGAAAAUACAGUCCUACAAACCACCCAGCAAGGAGGGAGGAGAGGGAGCAAGAAUCCGCAAUGAUUGGGAAAGAAGGCAAAGAUUGAUCCACUAUGAUCAUGGAGCUUAAUGGGUUAAUAUUAUUUUUUUUGCUUAUUAGAAAGAUCUUUGGACCUCACAUCUGUGGAGACGCACUCGACAUCCAGUCAGUAAGUGUGUCUGGUUCCAGUCAGCAAAUCCUUACGGGUUCAUGGAGAAAAGACAACACUCUUCAAAUGUGGGACUAUGGUUCAGGGAAGCUCGUAAAGAACGUGCCAUCUGAUUACAAUGGCAGUAUGGUAUGUUAAUUAACAACUGGGUGCAUAUCAUGUCUUCGCUUAUUUUCUAGAUUUGCUGUUCAUGGUUUCUUAAAAGUCAAUUGGAAAUGGACCAUUUAUGCAUAGUGCGAUGCCCCUUUAAGCAAAGAUGUUUCUGAGCGAUGCAUGUCAGAUAGCUGUGAGGUCUUUUCCCUCUUUAUAUGCCUAAGAUGCUUUAAGAACAGCUACUAAAAAUGUGUAUUGGUAAGUUAUUCUUUACGGUUAUAGAAAAGAUUUGCCUGAAAAUUUGGACAAAACCACUGCCCAAGAAUGCAAAAAGUCCACUUCUUGUUGACAUUUGUCACUUAAAAUGUGUUUUCUUAAGCUCACUAAGGUAUUAAAGAGAGUGUUUAUUCACCUUAACUACGUGCAGAAAAUGACCUAAUCUGUGUACCUUGGGAACUGCUUCUCUUUUCUAAUGAUGUCCUCCCAUUUCUUUGUAGCUGUACUGUGCUCAGUGGCAAGGUCCAGAUAACAUUAUUGCAGGUGGUAGCGACAACAACAUGAUGAGAUGUGUUGAUCAGAGCACACUUCAAGUAAGUCCUUUGGUUGUUCAUAAGCAAAGUCUGUUUGCUGGUCAGUUGUUAAAAGCUGAAAGUGCAUAUGUACAACAGUGUCUGUUUUAAUUAUUCUUCACAUGUGAAGAAGGGGACAAGGGAAUUUGGAUAGUGGAAUCUAACUUAGUGGGCCAUAAUGAUCUCAUCAUCAUCAUCAUCAUCAUCAUCAUCAUUGUCGUCAUCAUUGUGAUUGUGUACCAUGUAAUUGCUGUCAUCAUCAUCAUCGUCAUCAUCAGUCAUCGUCAUCAUUAUCGCUGUUGUCAUUAUUAUCCUCUUCCAACUAAUAUAUUAUUUAAUUAUAGCUACUUUUGUUCAUCAGGUUAAAAUAUGUGCCUAAUGAUAGGUCCAAAAAUGAAAACAGUUCACUUCAAUGUCUAUUUCUUUCCGUAGACAACUGGACGCCUUGUUGAUUUGCCACGUGCUGUGUAUACUGUUGAUUAUGACAGGCAUUCUCUCAACCCAGUCAUAGCUGCCGGAACUUCCAACUUUGUUUAUCUUGUGAAGAGGACUUAA